GAGACUUCAGCCUCAGGAUCCAGCCAGUAUUGCUGGACGAUGACGCGUUAUACCAGUGCCAAGUUAGUGCCAGUGACGGGGUGCCAGGCAUCAGGUCUCACACGGCGCGCCUCACCGUCUAUGUGCCCCCUGACCACCCCAGGGUUAAGCCCCCCGUGUUGAGGACCACCGCGGGGAUGACCGUCACGCUGGAGUGUGAGAGUAGUGGAGGACGACCCCAGCCUGAGAUCCAGUGGGUGGACGACAGCCGGCGGGAGACCAUCAGGACCGGGUCUCUCCUGGCGACAGAGACCAUGUCUGACGGGAAGCGCGUCACGGUCCGCUCUCGCCUCUCCUUCACCCCCCGCCGCUCUCAUCACAAUUCUUCCCUCACCUGCCUCACCUCCAACCAGGCCCUCAGCUCACCCCUCUCCAGUUCGAUCCAGCUGAGUGUUCUCUUCCCGCCGGAGGUCUGUCUACACGUCCGCCCCCAGCAGUUGGUCGAAGGUGACGACGCCAACUUCGUCUGUAGCGCCCAGGCCAACCCCAGCGUCAUAACCUACAGAUGGUAUCACAACAGUCAGGAGCUUCAGAACGAGACAUCGAGGACAAUGAAACUGCACAAGAUCUCUAGAAACCUUCACCAAGAUGCUAUCUCCUGUGAGGUGUCGAAUAAGGUGGGCACAUCCAAGAAGACCCAGAGUGUGCACGUGCAGUAUGGCCCCAUGUUCCGUUCACUGCCCAGGGACGUAAUGGCCGAGACGGGGAAGGAGGUGGCGCUUAAAUGUGAUGUGGACUCUAACCCGCCAGCCACUAUAGUGUGGCACCAGGAGGGAUCUGACACGGCAGCUCUUAUGACAACCUAUCCUGAGGGGCCCGAUUCACUCACUAACUCCUACACUGAGAGGAAGGACGUCACCCUGGCCAGAGUCCUCACCUCAUCAGCCAGAGGAGAUAAUAUCAUCGGCUCAGGUAACGAGUUGGUGGUAAGUGUGAGCCGUCACGGCGGGGGUGUACAAGUGUGUGGCAGCGGUGAGAGGCUUCCCGGAGCUACAGGGCCAGCUCAGGGUCUUGGUGAAGGGGCCCCCGACCAUCGUGAGCGCCGGGGAACAACAGGGCCGGAUGGGGGACACCGUGACCCUGGAGUGUAGCACUGUUUCUAUCCCAAGUCCUAUCCGGAUCACGGGCGUACAACGGGCGGAGUUG